UGAAGAGGCAAGUUUUGCCCACCAUAGGGGGAGUUUCAGGAAUUUAGGGCAUGAUCACCUCACAGAAUCAUCUUCUAUACGCAUUUACUGUCAUUUUGUUGAUGGCAUCAAGUACUUCAUCUAAGCUUGUCGAAUCGUUUCUGUCCAUAAGAGAAGGUGUUCUUCUUAAAGGCCACUCUAUGCAAUGGCAGCGGACUACAAGCUUCUUUUCAUGCGCACACCUAUGCUUAAGGAAAGAGGGAUGCCGAUAUAUUAAUUACAAAGCUUCAACCGAGACAGAGGGCGUUUGUGAACUGUUAAAAGACACCAGUAGAGACCAUAAUAACGGUUACAUAGAUGGGCCAGGAUGGUUUCACGGACAGAUUGUUCAUUCUAGAGUGAGUGCUCGUACAGGCAGUAAUACGCCAGAUUUCAAAUUCACCUUCACAACUCUUGGUGCGGUGGGUUCGAAUGGGCCAAUAGAUUCAUACGGGUAUAAAGGAACAACAUUACAAGGGAAAAUUAAGAUUGAAAACGGCAUCCAAUUGUGGACUGUACCCUUAAGUGGAUCUUACGUCAUAGAGGCCUGGGGAGCAUCCGGAGCCGAAGGCCGCCAAUCUUCUGACGUGUCAGCAACCACAAGAGCGGGAGGAAAAGGCGCCUAUGUAAGAGCCACUUUUGUUCUCACACGCGGAAAAGUACUCAAAAUUCUCGUUGGACAAACUGGCUGCACAGGGAAAGUUGGUUCACCGUUACCGGGAGGAGGAGGAGGGGGGACGUUUAUCACUUCUUCAGCAGACGUUCCAUUGAUUAUUGCUGGUGGAGGGGGAGGAGGUGUUGCGCAGUUAGGAAAUUUCCAUGAAGGGGAUCCAGGCCAGACCACACGGAAUGGGUCACAGGCAGGGGGCUCUAACGGAUCUGGUGGAAACCUUUCCCAACAGAACUCCCUGCUAGCUUUAUUGGAAUGCGGAGCGGGAGGCGGCUUGAACGGGGAUGGGAAGUCUGGCAUGAUCAGGGAAGGGGGAAAAGGAUUUAUAAACGGAGGUAGAGGGGGGAACUCCCCCAUUGAAGGCCAUGGAGGUUUUGGGGGAGGUGGUGCGGCAUGGCGGUAUCCUGGGGCAGGGGGUGGGUACUCGGGCGGGGGUGUCGUGAAGGAUAAGAACGAAACAAUCGCUGGCGGGGGAGGGUCUUUUAACACAGGUGCUAACCCGAAGAAGGAAGAAGGAUUGAGAGGGGAUGGGAAGGUGAUAAUUCAACUUCUCGAGGCUGAUAAAGAAUUUGUAUAG